AUGGCUCAGCAGGAUCACACACGCCGAGUGUACCGCUAUGUCGGACGCCACGCAGCGUUUGCGCAAUUCAGCAUCGCUGUGCUCGGCAUUGCGUUGGCUGCUGCCGCGCUACACUUCAGAAAGAUAUGGGCGCUGUUCUCGAAGCCUGCUGAGCAGGCCGCCGAAAGCGUCGCAGAGGGUGAAGCCAAGGUUAUCCGCAUAGACUACGCAGCCAUCGCGGCAAGGUUCAGGGCGAUGGACUCCUCGGAGUGCUUUUUGCUCGUCUUGUUCGUAGUUGUGUGCCUGCUGGCAGUUGCCAUGCUGCUCAGCCUCUGGUACAUACCUGUGCGGCUCUUCCUGUUCUACGAGGCGUGCCCCUUCGUGGAGGGCUCUGACGAGUACCGCGAGUACGUGCUCAAGAAGGGAACGCAUGUCCACGUGAUCGGCAUGAAACCAUCAUCCGACUCCACCGAUGAACGGAGAGCUACUCCAAGCGUGAUAAUGCAGCUCAUGCGGUCGAAGUUGUACAGUUAUUACACCCACAGGCAUCGGAAAUAUGUGCUUAAUGAGCGUCGUUGCGAGUUCGAGGCUGUGGAGCACAUCGACUCUGUUGACGUCAAGGUUCUUGAGGCGUGGCGGGGCCUGUCUGCCAAGGACAAAGUCAGCACCAAGGUUUCGGGCAUCGAAAGGUCGCUUGUUGUUUGUGAAGACACCUUUGGCGACAACGAUUACCAGAUUCCGCCGUGUGACUUUUGGAAGAUGCUCUUCGACGCCUUCCUCAGCCCAUUCUUCCUCUUCCAGCUACUGGCGUCUGUACUGUGGAUUUUUGACAGCUACUGGUACUACUCAUGUCUGACGAUAUUUUCCAUCAUCACCAUCGAGGUGCAGAUGGUCAACAAGAACAUCCGAGAGUACGACCGCAUUAACUCCAUGCGCAUCCCGCCUGCUGACGUUGCAGUGUAUCGCGACGGCAAGUGGGCGACGAUAUCGAGCGCCCACCUAUACCCGGGUGAUAUAUUUUUGCUGACGCACGACGCGGCGGCCGAGUCAACAGUUGUACGUGCAGAUUGUCUUAUAUUGUCCGGAGAGGUUGUAGUCGACGAAUCUAUCCUUACCGGCGAAUCAGUGCCCCAGUUCAAGUCGGCUCUAGAUUUGCGAUUAGUGCGCACGAAGAAGGGUGCAUUGACGGAAGCAGAUAGUGAGAUGAGGCAGAGCACCGUUUUCGCUGGAACGUCCAUCAUGCUGUGUCGUGCGGACGGUCCAUCGUUCGCCGGCGUCAAAACCCCUAAGCAAGGCUGUGUAUGUGUAGUGCUGCGCACGGGGUUCGAGUCGUACCAGGGACGACUGGUCAAUGCUAUCAUCCGCUCUGGCGACCGUGUGACUGCAUCAACUACUGAGGGAUGGUGCUUCUUGGCUAUCCUGCUGACGUUUGCGCUCGUGUCCUGUGCGUUCGUCGUUAAGAGACUGCCCACAGCUACUGUCAAGAAGUUGGUUCUCACCACGCUGCACAUCAUAACUGCCGUCAUCCCACCCGAGUUCUCAGUCAUUCUGUCCUUGGCGGUCUCUCUGGCCAUUCUACAGCUCCACGGCAAGGGCAUGUACUGCACCGAGCCUUUCAGAGUGCCGUAUGCAGGAGACCUGGGUGUAUGCGCAUUUGACAAGACGGGCACUCUGACUGAAGACAAGAUGAAGGUGGUGGGUGUCGUAGUCGGUAACGACGUGGCCACCCUCCAAACGCAGCCUGGUCAACAGAACCAAUCAGCACCACUACCCAUUGCUUCCGCAUUGGUCGUCGGAGGGUGUCACUCACUGUCGCGCGUUUCUGGGAACAUAGUUGGAGACCCCAUGGAAAAGGCUGCAUUCGAGCAUUUCGGAUGGACAUUGAGUGCUGACAACAAAUCUGUCGAAGGUCUAAAUCCUUGGUUUUAUGAUGCUGGAAGGAAAUUGGCGCCAGCGAAGGUCAGUGUUCUACGCAGGUGGCAGUUUGUUUCUGAGCUCGGUAGGAUGUCUACAAUCGCAGUUAUAGGCGGUCGCACAACGUACUGGCAGAAACCUGCAGAAGGAGCUGAAUCAGCGUCUGCUGGUAGUAACAGAAGCCAAUCGGCGGCGCCAGAAUUUAAGCAUGGCCAGGGAUACUUGAGGCUGGAUAACAAUUACGAUGGUGACGUGAUGCUGUUGUGCAAAGGUGCUCCUGAACGCGUUCGCCCGCUGUUGCGCGAGGUUCCGGAGUAUUAUGACGAUCUCUACCAGCAACUCGCAAUAGGCGGAAUGCGCGUGCUCACACUUGCAUGCAGGAAGCUGCCCAUCACACCAACUCAGGUGCCAUCGGUAGUCCGCGAGGAGGUGGAGUCGGGCCUGGAGUUCGUUGGGUUCCUGGCUCUGGAGUCGCCCAUCAGGCCGUCGUCUGUGAUAUGUAUGCGACAAUUGGAUGGUCACAAGCUUAUCAUGAUCACUGGAGACAACGUGCUUACUGCGUGUCACGUCGCCGACGCCGUCGAAAUGGGAGACAGGACCCAUGUCGACCACAGUGCAGCUGUACGCAAGACCUGGGGCGAUUUCGCCAUCCUGGUACCAGAGGAAGGAGGUUUCUGCUGGAGGCUGCGUAAUGGUAAUCCUGUGCCACGGGUUGCAAAAUCGGGAGAUUUCGUAGAUCACAUGAACGAAAUCAAGCAAUCCAUGAGACUCUGCAUUACCGGUCCUGCUAUCGAUGCACUUGUCGACUAUGAGCGCCGUAGCGGCCGCAGGGUUCUGGCCGAAAACGUGCUCAACACCACCGUUUUCGCGAGGGUAUCCCCGCAGCAGAAGAAGUUUGUGGUCCGCACCUUUAAGCGUGCUGGCAUGAAGACUGCCAUGUGCGGCGACGGAACCAACGACAUGGCGGCUCUGAAAGUCGCUCACGUCGGCAUAUCGCUGCUGAAGAGCGCGUUCAAGAAGCCGAAUAAAGAGCUCACAAACAAGCUGGGAGACAUGAUUCGCAAGCAACCAUAUCAACUGCAACGAGAGGCUCUGGAGAAGCUUCAGCGAGAUCUUCAGGACGGCAUGCCGGAACUAAAGCUCGGAGAGGCGAGCAUAGCAUCACCUUUCACCUACCGCAAGAAUGACGUGCUCUGCGUGCCGCUGUUGGUCCGUAGCGGCAGGUGCGCUCUAACCACCGUCGUGUUGCUUCACAAGGUCAUGGGAGUGAACUCGCUCAUCACAUCGCUCGGCAUGUCGGUGCUCUCCAUGGACGGUGUAGGUCUCAGCGAGGCGCAAGCUACGGUCUCCUCGCUUAUGUAUACGUUCAUGCUUAUGGCGCUCUCAAAGUCGAAGCCCGCGCAGGAACACAGCUCCAAGCGUCCCGAAAAGUCCAUCUUUAAGCCGGCCAGCUUCACAAGCUUCGUGUUACAGUGCUGCCUCCACGUAUCGGUUAUUUUACAUCUGUGGGGAAUAGGGAAGUCACUGAGGGCACCGGACUACGUGCCCAAUCUUGACGCUCCAUUCGCGCCCAACAUUGUCAACACGGUGGUCUAUUACGGCUGCCUUUCGAUCAGCAUCGCAGGGUUCCUCUCCAACUACCGGGGCUACCCAUACAUGCAGCCGCUGUGGGAGAACAAGUUCUUGUCGAGACCAUUGGCUGCUGCAGCGCUGUUUGUGCUCGUGCUCGCCAGCGACAUAUUCAGGCCGCUCAACGAUUACCUCUCUCUGGUCGCGAUUCCGAACCACACGGUGCGCAUGCACGUGAUUGCGGUACUUGCAAUUGACAUCUUGGGAGCCGUGGGGAUAGAACGCCUCUGCCGUAGAUUACUAAGCCGCUCUUAG